AUGGCUAAUACUGCUCCCACAAUGGCAAGGUCUUUCCUUCAGGUUGCAGCCACAGAGGAGGUUGCUCCCCCUCUUCGUGUUGUUCAGAUUGAAGGACUGGUUGUGUUGAAGAUAAUCAAGCACUGCAAGGAGUUUUCUCCAUCUUUAGUGACUGGGCAGCUUCUAGGAUUGGAUGUUGGUAGUGUUCUUGAAGUUACAAACUGUUUCCCUUUCCCGAUUAGGGAAGAAGAUGAGGAGAUUGAAGCAGACGGUGCUAAUUACCAGCUUGAAAUGAUGAGGUGCUUGAGAGAGGUCAAUGUCGACAAUAACACUGUUGGAUGGUAUCAGUCAAUGUUGUUCGGUUGUUUCCAAACAGUGGAAUUGAUUGAGACAUUUAUGAAUUACCAGGAAAAUAUUAGACGGUGUGUUUGUAUAAUUUACGACCCUUCAAGAGCUAAUCAAGGUGUCUUAGCUCUCAAGGCUUUGAAGCUUUCUGAUUCUUUCAUGGAACUAUACCGCAAUAACAAUUUUACUGGGGAGAAGUUGAGGGAGAAAAACUUGUCAUGGGUGGAUAUUUUUGAAGAAAUUCCCAUCAAAGUUUCAAAUUCUGCACUUAUUAGUGCCUUUAUGACUGGGCUAGAAGCUGAUACACCAGUGACCCAGUGUGAUUAUGACCGCCUGCAAUUAUCAACCAGUCCAUAUUUGGAAAGAAAUGUAGAAUUUUUGAUUGAAUGCAUGGAUGAUUUGUCAAUCGAACAGCAGAAGUUCCAAUAUUACUAUCGGAACCUGUCACGCCAGCAAGCUCAACAGCAAGCAUGGCUUCAGAAGAGAAGGUCAGAGAACAUGACACGCAAAGCUGCAGGAGAUGAGCCCUUGCCUGAGGAGGAUCCGUCAAAUCCCAUAUUCAAGCCUAUCCCUGAACCAUCGCGGUUGGAUAGUUUUCUGAUAACCAAUCAAGUAGCAAAUUAUUGCAACCAAAUCAAUGGGGUUUCUGGGCAGAGCUUCAGCCGAUUAUACUUGAUGAAAGCUUUGCAUGAAAAUUGA